UGGCAGGCUGGCACUGCUAAGGAGGACUGUUGUGUUCACACGGGUCGAACUUCUACUUGGUUUGUGCUUCUCACUCUGAUGAAAAUGACCAUCAAACACUUUCAGAUUGAAUAUGAUGCCAUCAACAGAAGGAACAUUUUUACCAACGGAGAUACCAUAAAUGGUCGGAUCAUCCUAGAAGCCGUGAAGAAAACAAGAAUCCAGUCACUUGUUUUUAAAGCUACGGGAAAAGCUUCACUUCGCUUAGUUAAUUAUUAUGGGAACAUAAUAGACAGGGAGGAUGAGAGGGAUGAUCACACUCGCCUGGAAAAAAUAAAAUAUUAUCAAAUCAAGCAGGAUAUCCUGAAGGAAGGAGAACAAGAUGACUGGAACGUCAUUGAAAUCGGAAAGCAUGUCUUUCCUUUCAGCUUCAAGGUACCAAACAGCCGAAAAAUACCUUCAUCUUUCUGCUCAGUCUUUGGUCAAAUUGUUCAUACGUUGAAGGCAGAGCUCAAGCAGCCAAUGAAGCUGACAAAAAAAGCUGAAACUCACUUUACAUUUGUGUGUAAGGCAUCAGGAUCAGGACUUAUGGCCCGUCAACAUGGAACCAUGAACAAAAACAUUGCUCUUGGCUCUGGAAAGGUUUCAAUGAGUGUCCACACAAGGCAGAGAGGAUACAAACAAGGUGAGGCCCUCCGGGUCCGGCUUGAAAUUGAGAAUCUCUCAAGUCGUUCAGUCAAACCUAAAUUUGUACUUGAUGAGAAGAAGAGCUACUUUGGCAUAAACCGAAGUAAAAUUCAGAAACAUGAGAUACUGAAGGAAAAGACAGAUGCAGUUGAAUCAUUCUCUGGCAAAAAAACAGUAAUAAAGGAGAUCGCCAUCCCUCGAGAGCUUUCCCCGUCCAUUUUGAACUGUUCCAUCAUUAAGUUAGAGUACAGAUUAAAGGUAUACCUAGAAAUCACAUGUGAGACAGACUUAGUGGUCAAACUCCCCAUUGUCAUCAUACCUGAGCUAUCUGAGGAGGAUCCUUCUGGACGUCCAAAUCAGCCAGCCUGGAUGUCACAACCAAUGGGUCCUCCACCUCCCUAUGAAGAAUACACAAUGUACCCUGCUUUUCCUUUUUGAGUUUAAAGAACUAAAUUUUUAAGACUUCCUUUAAAUGGGAAUAUUAUGGUUUUUGUAUGACACACCAGCAGCAGUUUUUUUCCAACCUCGCCUCACCUCAUCACCUGUGUUGUCUACAGCACAAUUUGACAAAUUUGCUGCACAAUUGAGCCAAAGAAAACAUGACUGAGAUUAUUUCCUUUAGGAAACAGCUACUGCAGGUGACUUUAACAUGAAUUCAAACUAGGUUUUCCUUUUAAAGAAAUGUCUAAGGUAUGUAAUGUAAUGUUGAUAAAAGGCUUUGUGAUAGGCCAGAAAUGUAUACAGCCAGGAAGACCACCUCCUCUCUGUCCACUGAAUGCUAAAGAUAGGCAAUUAGAAGCCAUUGGAACCUUUGAUGCACAGUUUGAAAUGUAUCUACAUCCAGCUGGAUCAGAGUCAGAAAUGAUCCAGACAGGGAAAAUGAAACCUAAUCCUUGUCUCACUUGAGGGUACUGCAGCUGCAAAUAAUCCAUUUUUCUAUCCUAUAUAAUAUAACAGAAAUUGAACAAAAGCAGUGCUAAGGUAGUUGCAAUAACUAACAUAAAAGAUGCCAGUUUUAGCUGAUUGUAGUCUCUCAGCUUCACUCUACCACUCAACAGAGAAUUUCAUCCUGUUGAUAUUAUAAUUUGAAUCUUUCUAUAGGAGUCUCCUUCACUAUCUCGAUUGCACUAAACCAAUAGACGGGUUCAUUUCACCAGCCUUCAGUAAACCUUUUGGCUUGGGUUUGGUUAACUUUGCAUACAUUUUUACUUUUUUAACAGCUGCUAGAGUUGAGAUCUUAAAAUGCAAUGAAAAUUACUUAAUUUGGUUAAGAUGUAUCUUAUUUAAGCCCUGGGACAGACUGGCGACCUGUCCAGAGUGAACCCCACCUCUCGCCCGGAACGCAGCUGGAGAUAGGCACCAGCAACCCUCCCGACCCCAUUAGGGACAAAGGUGACCAGAAAAUGGAUGGAUGGAUGGGUAUCUUAUUUAAGUCAUAAUGAGUGGGCCGUGGCAAUGCUACCUAUACUAAUUAACCAAUAUGUUUAUAUUGACUGUUUUUGUCUGAGUCUGGUGGAAAAGGGAUCAAGUCUUCUUUAAAUAGGCUACAAAAUACUUGAUGAGAUGGGAAUAGUGAUGGGGGCCUCUUUCUAUUGACUUCUGGUUUUUAAGAUUGUACAUCAUCAUUUUAGCAUCUCUUAGAAGUAACCUCUUUAGAUUAAUAUUUGAUUCAUGUAACCUUUUACCUCAAUUUAAACAUACUAUGCUCAUAUUUGUUUACAUUUUAAUUUUAUUUGAUCCCUUUUUAUCCCCAGUUUUAUUUAUUUUACUUGUUGUAAUUAACUCUUUUCAGGCUGAAUAAUGUAUUUUUUUUGUUAAACUGCACUUUGGUCCAAUUUGUGUUGUUUCAAGUGUAUUUUUAAUAAACUAAAAGUUGUAAUUUUUGAAUCUUUAAAAAAAAAAUUUCUCCACCUUUUUGUUUACAAAUAACUACAGAAUACAUAUAUAAAAUGGUUUACUAUUGACUGACUGAUUCUUUGUACCGAUUCUUGCUAAAGCAAAAAUAAACUUGCACACAUGCAAUACA